GUAGUUUAAUUAUCUAGAAAGUUAUAAAUCAAGAUGUCAGAAACGAAUGAUUUCAGUAAUAUGCCUGGGCCAUGGGGAUGGCCAUUGUUUGGAUCUGCUCUACAGCUCACAUCGUUUGCUGAAAAAACUUUGCUGAAUUGGGCAAACCAGCAUUAUGGAAAUAUAUUUCGAUACAAAAUGUUCAACCAAGAUUGCGUUGUUUUAAAUGGGUACGAUGCAAUAAAAGAAGGAUUGUUAACAAAUAAAAGUGAGAUGUCUGGUCGUAUUACCGGUCCAUUAUUCGAAGCCAUACGAGAUAAUCGAGGACUAUUCUUCAUUCAGUAUGGAGAUUCAUGGAAAAAGUGGAAACCAUUCUUGGUCAAAUCGGUAGCAUCAGUGAUGCCAGAUCUUCCCCAAAUAAUUUGUGAACAAGCAGAUGAAUUUUUGUCUGAAGAUUUGAAUGAUUUUAUUGAAAACGGAGAGUCUGUAGCAUUGGGAGAUUAUUUACUGUAUCGUAUGGCCCAGGUUGUUUUUCUUAGUUGUAUGAACAAAGAAUUUUUGUCAAAGAAGAAAAUGGAAUUGCAAGAGCUCGUAUCCGACAUCUACGCGCCUUUAACUAAUAUCAAAUUCUCCAUAUUAUGGUUCGCUCCGUCACUGUCGUAUUUCCCCCCAUUUUCCAGUUUUCUGGCUGAUGAAAGCACCCGCAGAUCAAAAAUUGUAAACAGGAUUAUUGCUCUGAUAGAAGAACAUCGACAAGAAAAACGUUCCCAUAUGAAGGACCUGACUUGUUUCUUUUUUGAAGAAUAUCCUGAACCCGAUCAAGGCGAUCUGGAAUCACUUGCGCUAAUCUUUAUGGACAUGAUAUCAGCCGGUUCAGCGACUGUGGCGAACCAAUUGAUGUGGGUCAUUUUAUUCCUUUCGAAACAUCCAGAUAUGAUGGGAGAAGUUCAACAUGAAAUUGAAGAAGGCAUGAAAGGUUAUGAAUCUAUAUGGGAUCUUUACAAAUGUCAAGAAAAAGUACCAUUCUUGAAAGCGGUUAUACAAGAAACUAUGAGGUUGCGCCCAAUAGCUCCAGGCAGUCUGUACCACAGAACCAUUUCUGAUACUAAAGUUGGUGGAUAUAAAAUACCAAAAGACGUUGUCAUUCAUCCAAAUUUGUGGAGUGUUCAUCAUGAUCUGAAGUACUGGGGACCGGACGUCGAAGCUUUUCGCCCAGACAGGCAUUUGGACAAAGACGGAAAAUUUGUGAAAUCGGAUCACGUGAUACCAUUCUCAAUUGGAGAACGUAAAUGCACUGGAAAACCCAUUGCAGAAGCUGAUAUCUUUGUCUUUUUAGCUACAAUAAUGCUACGCUAUGAUGUGUCGUUAGACCCGGAGUACGAAGAUGUAGACAUGACUGGCAUAUCAUCUGCUAUACUGAAGCCUCCCGACUACAAAGUUAGGCUGACUUAUCGACAAACAAAACAAAAUCUCUGACAAUUUGUAUACAUAGCCUAAGAAAAUAUUAUUUAAUCCAGAUUUAAUUUACCUUUUUAUUAUGUUUUUUCAUUUACCUUAAAUGGUAAUUAAUAGUCAUAUAAAAGUCCAUAUAAAAAAAUCUGCACCUGGCACGAAAUUUUAAAUAGCGUUUGUUGAGAAUAUAAAAAUUUUAAUGACAAAAAGUAAUAUCUCCAAGUUAACUUUAUCCGAGAGUUUCUGCUCAGCACAAAGAUCGAGUAUAUUUUCUCAUCAGUUUGCUAAGUUUACUGU